GGCAACGGCGAACGGCAGGCCCUCACCAGUGCGCAUGCGUGGCUCUCAGGCACCGGUCCGUACUCCAGCGUGGUGAAGAUCUCUCGGGCGCUGGGCCUUGCACGCGUAGCAGCCAUCACCCUCCGGAGUCGCUUUCCACCAAGGAGUGCGGGGCGCUCUGCCCAGAGGAACCUUGAGGUCGAAGGGCGGCACCGCCCCCUCCAGUGCAGGGGGCGGGACUACGGGAGGUCUAUGGCGGACUCGAAGCUGCUGGUGCCGGAGCUAAGCGAGGCAGAGAAGAUGGGCGCUGAGACCGCGCGUUUCGAGGAGCUGCUGCUGCAGGCCUCCAAGGAGCUCCAACAGGCCCAGACAAGCAGACCAGAAUCUACACAGAUCCAACCGCAACCUGGUUUCUGCAUAAAGACCAACUCCUCCGAAGGGAAGGUGUUCAUCAACAUCUGUCACUCCCCUUCCAUCCCUCCUCCGGCCGACAUGACGGAGGACGAGCUGCUUCAAAUGCUGGAGGAAGACCAAGCUGGGUUUCGCAUCCCCAUGAGUCUGGGAGAGCCUCAUGCCGAGCUGGAUGCAAAAGGCCAGGGUUGUACCGCCUACGACGUAGCCGUCAACAGCGACUUCUACCGGAGGAUGCAGAACAGCGAUUUCUUGCGAGAGCUCGUGGUCACCAUCGCCAGGGAGGGCCUUGAGGACAAAUACAGUCUGCAACUGAAUCCAGAGUGGCGCAUUCUGAAGAAUCGGCCGUUCCUGGGCUCCAUCUCCCAGCAAAAUAUCCGCUCCCAGCAGCGUCCUCGGAUCCAGGAGCUGGGAAACCUGUACACCCCUGACUCCCUGAGACCUGAGGAAGGCCCCGAGAAGCCACACCUGAACCUUUGGCUGGAAGCCCCUGACCUCCUCUUGGCUGAAAUUGACCUCCCCCGACUGGACGGAGCUCUGGGGCUGUCACUGGAGAUCGGGGAGAACCGCCUGGUGAUGGGGGGCCCCCAGCAGCUGUACCAUCUGGAUGCCUAUAUCCCCUUGCGGAUCAACUCCGAGGAGAGCAAGGCAGCCUUCCAUCGGAAGAGAAAGCAACUGAUGGUGGCGAUGCCCCUUCUGUCAGUGGCUUCUUGAUUGGAUUUCUUUCUGUGCUUCCAAGUGGAGGAAGAGGCUGGUGGGGGGCUUCUCUGAAAUUGAAAUAAAAGAUUUUUGCCUUUGU